AUGGAUGACUUGAUAUUCACAAGCACAAACACUGAGAUGAUGGAGGAGUUCAAGAAACCUAUGAUGGAAGAAGAUGAGAUGACUUAUCUUGGCCUCGUGAAGUACUUCCUUGGAAUGCAGAAAAAAUUCAUUGUGAUAUUGGCGUCGGUGGGCGUCGUGGCCGUGUUGAAGCUGUCCGAUGCAUCUACUACUAAGGUUUUCGAUAUUACCACCUAUGGUGCUAAGGGAGAUGAUAAGACUGAUUGCACAAUGGCAUUUAUGAAAGCUUGGAAGGAUUCAUGCAAGAAUGAUGGUCCGGCAAAAAUUCGUGUGCCUAAAGGGACUUUUAUGACAGCGCCCAUCACAUUUCAAGGGCCUUGCAAAAGUACCAAGCCUAUAAUCGUUGAAGUUCAAGGAACUGUAAAAGGAACAAAUGAUUUGAGUAAAUAUACGGAGGAUACUUGGUUUUUGUUUGAAAAGAUUAAUGGUGUUGUUCUCACCGGUGGAGGAACCUUUGAUGGACAAGGAUCUUCUGUUUGGAAGAACACUGACUGUGAGAAAAAAAAAGAUUGUGGUAGACUUCCUACUUCUAUCAAGUUCCAAGGUGUAACCAAUGCCGUUGUUUCCGAGAUUACUUCCAUCAACAGCAAACAUUUUCACUUUCAUAUCACAGACUGUACUAAUUUUAAAGCUAGUAAUCUCAAUAUAGUGGCUUCUGGUGAAAGCCCUAAUACUGAUGGGAUGCAUAUUAGUGAUACUAAUGGUGUUGUAGUAACUAAUAGCAAAUUGGAACCUAUUGGGAGCCUUGGCAAGUAUAAAAAUGAAGCAGAUGUUAAAGAUGUUACAAUAAGUGAUUGUACAUUAUUCAACACAACAAAUGGCCUGAGGAUCAAAACUUGGGCUGACUCUCCACCAAGCGCAGCUUCAAGCAUUACUUUUAAAGAUAUUAUCAUGAAAUCAGUUAAGAAUCCUAUCAUCAUUGAUCAAAAGUAUGGUUCUCGCAGCAGUACAAAGCCAUCACGUGUGAAAAUUUCUAAUGUUCAUUACAACAAUAUUAGGGGAACCUCGACCUCAAAAGUUGCAGUCAAUUUUUUAUGUAGUCCGUCCGUGCCGUGUGAAAAGAUUGAAUUAGAUGAUGUUGAUUUGACCUAUACAGGCAUUAAGAAGUCUAAAUCACCCAUUUCAGCUUCAUGUGUAAACGCUAAAACAGUAAAUGGCAUGGCAUCUUUCCUUGCUUAUAUUCUCAGUCGGGACUAUGCUUGGCGAUGGUUGUUUGGAUGCUUUGAUUCUGGCAUACAAGCUGUUCUUUCGUUCCUUGUCCUCUGUUCGAUGAUCGUUGACAAUGCUGGUUUGGACGGGAUGAUUUUGAAAGGCGAUGCUGGGAUAGGCAGUGCUGUUGUGAGUUGGGCUUGGUUUUCAAUGGAAAUUUCUUUAUUGGACCUUGUAACUAGUUGCCCAUUUGGACUUUCAAUGUAA